UCCUUAGACAUCAGUAUAGCUACACAGAGAAACCAAGUUGACACAUUUCACGGCCACAGAUACAUAAUCUCAUUAAGCUACUGUGGAUGAGAGAGAGAGUGUCAAGGAGUAGCACAUUCCUUUACAGGGUUGUCCAUAGCAGCGGCGGACUGACCAUUGGAAACUCGGGCACUGCCCGAGGGCCCUGGGUCAGUAGGGGCCCCAUGAGAUGCCCCUGGUACCUUUUUCAUAGGCUUUUUUGAGUUUGGGCAAGGACACAGGGGCCCCAUGAUCCCCUAUUGCCCGGGGGCCCCAU